GCUCACUGCAGCGUACAAACAGAAGAGCGCCCCACAUACAGAACACUCACGGGAAGCGAGGCUUGAGCACAGAUCGUUAUCAGUUCUACUUUUCAGUACAGAAAUGCAAAACAGCAAAUUUCACCGAUGGAGAACUCUUACUGAACAGAAGCAACACCAAGAGGGCUGAAGAAAACGUUUCAACUCUGGGAUAGAGACUGCAGAGUGACAUGGCUGAUCUUGUAACAGGACUACUCGUUUGUUUGAUGGCAGUGCAGACCAUUCAGCAUGAAGGAAACAAAACCAGGAAUGUAUGGAAUGAAACCAGUGUUGCGAUACCGAAAACCUUUAAGGCAGCGCUGUACAAACCGAAUGGCACCAGGCUGCUGCUCUACCCCAGCUCAGACCCCCGGCUGCAGGUGAGCCCGGAGGACGCAGUGACAGCCUACACCAUGGGGGUCCUCAGCACCAGGGUCAUCCCCUCAUCAUACAUCCUGGCCAUGCUGGUGGGCAUCCCCUCCAACGCCUACAUCCUGGCCUUCCUCAGACUCAAAGCAAAGCCUUUCUCCACCAUAGUUCUUUACCUGAACCUGGCUCUGUCCGACCUGCUGCUGCUGCUCUCCCUGGCGCUGCGUGUUCACUACCACUUCAACGGGAACAAUUGGAUAUUUGGGGAAAUCUCCUGCCGGCUUAUCACAGCCUUGUUUUAUGGCAAUGUUUACAGUUCAGCCCAAACUAUAGCAUGCAUCAGUGUAAAGCGCUACCUGGCUGUGGUCCGGCCGUUCCUGUACAGAAGGCUGGCUAAGUCUACGCUGGCAGUGUGGUCGUGCUUGGUGGUCUGGUUCCUGUACGGUGUGGCUAUUGUGCCUGAGCUCCUGGUCAGGCAGAGCUACCAGCUCACCCACCUGGGAAUCACCACCUGCCAUGAUGUCCUGCCCCUGGACGAAAAAUCCCAUUCCCCAUUGGUGCCAUACAGGAUGAUGCUGGUUUGCCUGGGCUUCAUAGUGCCAUUCCUGAUUUGUAUCUAUUCGCAUGUAGCAGUGGUAUACCAUCUAGGACAAUCCUGUUGCGACUGGAAACCGUUUAUCAGGGUCAGCACUCUGGUGUUCAUCAUCUUUGUCGUGUGUUUCUUGCCAAGCGGCAUCCUGCAUAUCGCCCACUACAUCCGUCUGUUUACCAGUGGGGACGACAGACUGUAUGGAUAUUACAGAGUAGCGGUGUGUCUCUGCUGCUUCCACAGCUGUCUGGAUCCCUUCCUGUGUAUGCUCCUUUCCAAGAUGGCUGCCUCAGAACUACACUUUGUUUCUCUCCGCGGGAUACAAAAGAGGCCUACUUCUAUGACGUGAGACUGGAUGUUUGUGCACAGAAACAGCUUCUCCAUAAUGGACCAUUGUUGAGAAUCAGCAGGGAAGGUCAAGCCCGACAAACAGGCUCAGGAAUGCAAAAACUGAACUCCGUGGAUUCAACAGGGUGAUAACGCAGUCUCUGUUCGACACAAAACAGCAACAUCCUCUGUGAAGAUUAUUUUAAAAUAUAAGGAUCAAGAAGGGAAGAUUUAGACUCUGAAUCAUACUAUCAUUGGGAAACUGUUGGCUUGAUGACACAGAAACAUUGGAAUAACAAUUUGCUGUGGUCAUCAUUAAAUGUAUAUAAAAACUAAUUAUUUUCAAAAAA